AGGCACGGGGGAGUGGGGGUGGAAUUUAAACAAGUAAAUCCUUGGCAUCCCCUUUACGUUACCACUUGUUCAGUGUAUUGGAUGAAUAGAAGAAACAUGGCAUUCCCCCUUUAAAUUUGUCUCAAGUCUGAAAAUUGAAAUCAACUUAGAGGAAAAAGUAAAAGUGAAGUAGUGAUCACAGUCCCCCUGGUGACUGUACCGGUUAUAUCUUCUAUCAGUACCAUUCAGAUGAGUCAGGUACAACCCAAGUUUGUCUAUUGCGCUUGGACAAGUGAUUUACGACCUGCUUUUAUAUCCUUUGGUUGAUGUUUAGCUGAACUUGCCUUGUCUUUAAGAUAUGUACAGCCAAGUAUAAGAAGCUCAGAGCAGCAGAGUCCACCUCCACUUUGUAAAACAUUUUUGAACUGCUUUUCAGCAUUACUAUAGAUCUGCCUAUUGAACGACACUGACUUCCUCUGGAGACAAAAAGAAAUCAGAGUGGCAUUGUCUUAUAAUCUGACGUCUCACAGAAGAGAGCUCUGGACUGUCAGAUAUAGCACGAGAAAGGCAAGGAGCAACAGGGAGUAGAAGAGAACACUGUCUCCAGAAAGUUGGGGACAAAAUGGAUACAACACAUCAGACGUCGGUGACUCCAAAUGUAACUAAGCCUCCUUUCAACCCAAUCUGCAGAACCAGACAAGCACCAUAUACAUAUGAAAUUCUUCAACAACUGGACGUCACUGGAAUGCUGCUGUUUGCUAUUUUAACAUUUAUGACACUGGUCACUGUGCUGAUAUUCCUAGAAGAAGUAUACUACAUUUACAGGAAACUAUCCGGACCCAAAAAGGAAAUCAUUAUCUGGGUGAACGCUGCGGCACCAAUAAUAUCAAUGACAAGCUGUGUUGGAAUGUGGAUUCCUAGGAGCACAAUGUUUACCGAUUUUACUGCCUCUGUGUUUCUGGCUGUACUUAUACACAAAUUUCAGAUAAUGCUGAUAAGUGAAAGUGGUGGUAAUAAAGAAUUCCUGAAGAAAUACUCAGAUACAAAGCUUCAGCUCCACACAGGUCCAUUGUGCUGCUGCUGUGUGUGCUUUCCAAGGAAAAACAUUCACAGCUGCACUUUAUUUAUGCUGAAGUUGGGGACCUUCCAGUUUGCUUUGCUGAGGCCAAUACUUAUGUUUCUGGCAGUUGUGCUUUGGACCAAUGGAAUAUACACCAUUGGCAAUGUAAGUAUUACUCAUGCUACAAUCUACAUUAACGUGUUCGUUGGUGUGAUCACUAUUAUUGCCCUCUGGGCUGUGGGAAUCUUGUUUAACCUGGUUAGACCUUCCUUAGCGGAUAAAAACAUUACUUCUAAAUUUGCCUGUUACGAGUUCAUUGUCAUUCUGAGCCAACUUCAGACAUCAAUAAUUACUAUUCUCGGUACCACGGGUGUUAUUUCAUGUGUCCCGCCACUUCCUGGCCCAUCUAGAGCAUCAUACAUGAAUCAGCAGCUUCUCAUCAUGGAAAUGUUCCUGACCACGGUGUUAAGCCGAAUGGUCUAUCGAAGGCGAUACGAGGAGACACCUGCACUUAAUGAAGAUGAGGAGACCAAGGAUAAUCUGCAAAAUAGUACAGUUUGUCUAAAUGGAAAGGCAAUUGAUGAAGGACUUCAAAAGGUUUAAAAGAUCCCCGAAAACAAUUCAACAGAAUUAGACAAACAUUUUGUGGAAUUUCAUCAUCUACUCUUACAGACAGAUGACUCAUCAUGGCGGACUUUUUUUGGACUAAUGGAAAUCCCUUUCUAUAAGUUUAUAUUCUUGAGUAUGAUAUUAAGGUGGUCUUCCAUUAGAUAAAGAAAUAUGUGGUAUGGCCUUCAAAUGGUUAAAAAGAAACAAUCUAAACUAUACUGAACUUGCCAAUCCCCCAGUUUUGCUGUACCACUGGAUCCUGAGUCCCUGCUGCUGUCUACUUACUGCUGAUGUCUUGACACAACAGGAAAUAGCUGGGAGUGCUGCUCAGUCAAUCACUGGUUGAGGCGGGUCAUCGCUGCAGCUAGUGAUUGGCUUAGCGCCAUUCCCAAUUAUCUCCUUCAAUGUUUAGACAGGAGCAGGAAGAAGAGUGCAGAGGGAAAUUGUGCACAAUUGGAAUGGAAACACCAACAGCACUGGGGGAUUAGUAAAGUCAUGAGCUAUUUUUUUAUUUUAUUUUUUUUACCGUUUCAUGGCCAUGCAAUGUUUUUCUUUUUCUGCUGGAAAACCCCUUUUAAGGUUUUCUUAUAUUUUGUAUGGCAUGCAAUUCAUGUAUUAUCAAAUCUAGUUAAUAUUUUGAAAAAAAAUUGUGCAUUUGUGUUUUUGGUUUUACCUUUGGAGCUACAUUUAGACUUGAUAUUAUCUACCAAUAUAUUUAUCUCCCUGUCUAAUAGAUAUGAGAUGCAUUUCAUGAGGGAUAGAUAGAUCGAUAUGUAAAUGGAUGAAUAGAUAUGAUUUAUUUAUCUAUCCAAUCUUACAGGUGAAACUCGAAAAAUUAGAAUAUCGUGCAAAAGUCCAUUUAUUUCAGUAAUGCAACUUAAAAGGAAUUGCAUUAAUGCAACUUAAAAUUUUAAUAUUAUGAAAAGGUUCAA